AUGGCCUUCAAUAAUGCUCAACUUCGACCUGUGGUUGUGUUCAAAAAUCAAGGUUUCAGGAAUGCGAUCUGCUAUUCCAGAUACCUUCGCAACUACCGUGAUCGUCCCAUUUACCCAUCCUUCACCAUAUCCCCUUCUGCCUUUUCCAAGUAUGAUAUGGACAUUCCUUCUCUCCUUACUGGUCUUGGAUGGAGCUCGUUGACAGAAGAUCAACGAUAUCUGCACUGUCCUGAGGCUGUUAGGCUAUUCUAUGUCAAUAUUCGCUGUGAUCGGGGUUCUGACCCUCGUUCCUUCACCACCAUGGUCUACGACCAUGAGAUCCAGGUCACUCCUGACCUUCUUGCCUCAGUCCUCUCUCUGCCACACUCUGGGCCGCAGGCUAGCUUUGCUGGUGAUUUUGAAAAGCAUGGGUUUGACUACGACUCUGCCCUUGCACGGUUGACUGAAGAUAUUGGGCUGUUCUUUUCCAAUAAGCUAUCUGCUGGUCGUCUCCCUGACGAUCUGAAGGUCCUCCAUUUUUUUAUCACCCGUUGCCUUCUGCCUCGUGACAUCGAUGGUGCUGGUUUACUUCACUCCUCUGAUCUUUGGAUCAUGGCUAACGCUCGAGUGCAUCAGCCUAUUAGCUAUGCUUCACUCGUGUUUGCACAUAUGAUUCAAUUUGGAAAUGGUUACUUCAAUGGGGCAUUACCAUUUGGACCUCUCAUCACCCGCUACUUGUAUCGUCUCGGUAUUGACCUCCGCGACAAAGUAGCUGUCUGCAAUGUCCAUGAAGAUCUUCGUCCAAAUCAUGUCCUUGUUCGUCUGAAUGCCAAUGUCGGGCGUCGUAAGCUUGUCUCUGCCUCAGGGGGAGACACUUGCUACUCUCUUUUCUCUCCUGCACUAACUCAGGCUGCUGUUACAGCACUUGAUAGUGAAAUCAAUCGUAGGAAGACUUCUGGAACUGGGAAGACCACCUGUCUUCGUGUCCACAAGGAACGUCUAGAGCUGCUGGAAGCUGAUGAGGCAAGACCAGCCCCAGAUGACUUCGAUCCUAUAUCCUCUGACUCAAGCUCUGAUGAUGACAUAUCAGAUUAUGAGUCACCUCCUUCUUAUCCCUUUUGA